AUGAUCGCGAUCACUGCGACUCCACCGAGUGUGGCACCAACACCUAUUCCUGCUUUCGCUCCUGUUGACAACCCGCCUGAAAGAUUACUGGCCGAGCCUGCAGCCGUCGCUGUUGAGGAAGGUAUCGAUCCGGUUCCGGUUGCCGAAGUGCUAUGGGAGGAGUUUCCAAGCGUGGUGCUGGCUGACGAGCUUUGA